UAUUUUGAGUUCAUUUGUGUCUUUAUUUCGGUUCUUUUAACAUCAUCUUGUUUUUAAUCAUACUCAGAACAUUUUAAAGAUAUUUGUGUUGCAUAAAUUGUCGAUAAAUUGUGGAUAUUAUGGAAAUUCUUAUAUAGGGCGAUGUUUUAAAGAAAAUAAUUCUCAAAAAUGUUUAAAAUCUAACAAAAAAUGAUAUUUGUUGACUUAAAUUUGUGAUUCACUUGUGACAAUAAUGAAAUAAAUCAAUAAUUAACGAAUGAGAGAAGGAAAAAGGUCAUAAAUUAAAGAAUAGAAAAAUGUCUACAUCAAUUACAACAACAACAAAAUCAGAGGAGUUGCAUGAAGACAAGACCAGUCGUUAUCAGCAACUAGUACAAAAGAAGGCUGCUUUAGAGAAGCAAUUAAAUGAGAGAUAUGAGCAAUUACAUCAGAUAUGUCAAAAGGAGGCUAGUUUGAUUGACAAUAAUUUAGAUCUCAUGAAUCCAAAUACCAGUGCAAACUCAUCAUCACAUCAGCCGCAGCAACAAAUUGCAGUUCCCCAAUAUCGCAAUAGUAACCAACUCAAUGGCAAUAAUAAUAAUCUUCAUCAAAAUGAAAUCAAUAAAUUACUAAUUGAAAAACAAAAGCAUCAACAACUAUCACAGACAUCUCUGAGUAUCAUUAAUGAUCCAAUGCAAUCAAAAUCAAUAAGACGUACUCAUAAGCAUGCAUAUGAUAUGUCUUUACAAAAGAUUGAACAAUUAAAUGAGAAUAUUAACGCUUUACAAAGGCAUGAUAUGAAUGUGUAUCCUACAAUGACUAACAUGAAAGCCCAAGAUGACAUUGAUUUACAUAGAAGUGAUAAUAGAUUUAUGAAAAAUGCACUAGCAAUGUGUGGAAAUAAUGCAAGAAAUUUGCACAUGUUAAAUACAGCAAAUACUUUGAUGAUGUCUGAAAGACGAAAUUCUAUGAAAUCAACGACUUCCUCACUAGGCUCUUCCAAUAAUACCUUUAUUCAUAUUCAAUCAUCACCAUCAUCGGCGACAUCCCUUACAUCACUUAAGACAUUGCCAAAUAAUCCAAUGGCACAUUCACCACGAACUCGACAAGAUGGACGUUAUGAAUUUGAAAUUCAUAAAAAUAGCGAGUCACCAACUCCAUCAACAAUGUCCAUGCAACAUCCGCCGACAGUUCAAAUUAACCAUCAGCUUCCUCUAUGUAGUCAAAGUUUAAAGAAUAUUAAAAUUAACACCGAAAAUCAUUCUCCAAAUAUUCAGUCCUAUCAUCAUAAUAUUCAUGCACAAUAUUCACCGCAGCUGCAAUCACAACCACAACAUUCUCCGCAAUUCUAUAAUGUACAAAAUAAUCAAAGUUUCAUAUAUCAGCAGCAGCCAACACCACCACAACAAUCACAGCAACAUACUUUACCUACACGGCAACAUAUUCCACCAAAUGAACAUAAAUUCAUACAACGAUUGCACAGUUUUAAUCAUCAGAUGCAAAGCGAUAAGAAUUAUUUAAUAGGAAACUCAUUAAAUGAUGAUGUCAGACUCAAACAACUUCCAAAAUAUCAAGCGAGUCCAAAUCAUUAUACGGUUUCACACUCGGCUGGCUUAGGUGGUUAUUGGAUGGUUAAUGAGCAUAACCAGAGAGUAUGGGUGUCUGAAUCAAAGUAUCCGUUAAGUCCACCGAACCAAAAUAGUAAUAUGGCCAAGAAAUCAAAUUCUCUCGGGAACUUCGACUUUAUACACAAAAGUGAUGAGAAUCCACAACCAGAUGCACUUAGUGUUUCAUCUGGAAACAGCAAUGAGCAUAAGAAGAAGGAAAAGAUUUGGUGUGAAACAUCACUUGAUAGUCCGCCAGGAUCUAGAAAAAUGAAGCCUAGAAUUGAAUCUCCAACACCGAGUAGUUAUAGUGCUGCAGAUUAUAUAAAUAAUAAUCAUCAAUAUUACGAGAAUACCCCGCCGUCCACAAAACCUAUCAUUAGACAUCUUCCACUACAGACUCAAUAUGCUAGCAAUAAUAGUAUAAAUAAUAAUAACAAUAAUGUCGACACUAAUUCGAUAAGAAGUCAGCCGCAACAGCCUGAAAAUGGAUACUAUAACAAUCCAUUGGCAAAUGUGCCAAAUCUUCCACCCAAAUCCAAACUUAGAUAUUCUGAAUCAACACGAUCAACAAUGUCAAAUAGAGAUUUCGAGAAUAAUAUCAUGAACACAAUAAAUUCUCCACAUACUCAGCAUAUCCAAUCGCCAUUGCAAGUUGAAUCUCCUGUUAAUGUGACAAUAAUUCAAGAGGGAUCGUGGAAGCCUUAUAAGGAGGAGAUAAAAAGUUAUGAGAUAUCAGAUUUUUACAAGUACAGCGAAAAGUAUCGGCAGCAGCAACAGAAAAAUUAAUUUAUUUAUAUUGAUCAUUCUACAGCUCUCAAAAGUGCAUUUAAACUUUUUAUUUUUGUAAUAUUUUUUUUUGUAUGUAAUUUGAAGAAUUUUAAAGUCUUAGAUAAGGAUAUCAAUUGCCUUUUUAUACAUAAACGAUUAAGGAAAGUCCUUCCUUUAGUUAUUUAAUUACAAUAAAAAACUAUUUUUUUAUAUAAAAG